AGAGAGAGAGAGGGGGGAAGAAAAGUUGGCUUUUCUGUACCAUUUGGAGUGCAGAGAGAUCACCAACGAGUAAAGAACGAAGUCGGUUUCGCCAUUAAUGGGCUGUUUUGGCCGAAGUGGGGGUGGGGGGAGAUAGAGAGAGAAGAAGAGACCUGAAAAGGGAGGCUAGCUCGGAUUUUGAUGGCAAGCAACGGGAGCUCCAGCUUAGGGCGGCAGCAACAGCAGCAGCAACAUAUCUCCUUUGCCAUGAUUCAUCCUUCACCUUCUUCUUCCUCCUCCAUUCAUGCGAGCUUCAUUAGAAACAAGGAGUCUGGAUCUUAUGACUUGGGAGAGCUGGAUCAGGCUCUAUUCAUGUUCUUAGAUGGGCAGGAUCGCUCAACCUCAGCUCAAGAACAAAAACAUACGUUGAACAUUUUCCCUUCUCGGCCCAUGCAUGUAGAUCCAAGGACAAAGGGUGGAAUCAGCUCGGCUUCUCCAGCAAGUAGUGGUGGUUCUAAGCCGUCGGAACAAGCCAUGGAUUUGGGCAACGCUGAGAGUUAUCUCCCAGCUUUGCCUGAGCAUGGCGAGGAUACCAAAGCAGCCAUCCUCAAGAAAGAAGGGAACAGAAAGGGCAUAUCUGGUUCAGAUCAUCGAAGGCUCAAGACACCGGACCCUAAGACAUCGAGAAGGCUUGCUCAGAACAGGGAAGCAGCCAGGAAAAGCAGGCUUAGGAAAAAGGCUUAUAUACAACAAUUAGAGAGCAGCAGGAUUAAGCUUUCUCAGCUUGAACAAGAGCUUCAAAAGGCAAGAGCACAGGGUAUAUUAUUUGGUGGUGGAGCAGCUCUUGUGGACGCAGGUGUCGGUGGGUUCAACUCAGAUGAGGCCACGUUCGACAUGGAGUACGCGAGGUGGGUGGAGGAGCACCACAGGCUCAUGUGCGAGCUCCGCAGAGCGGUGCAAGAACAGUCGCCGGAGACCGAGCUGCGGAUGUUGGUGGACAUCUGCCUCGCGCAUUAUGAUCAGAUGAUGCAUCUCAAGGGUGCGGUCAUCAAGUCGGACGUCUUCCACCUCAUCUCCGGCAUGUGGAUGACCCCUGCCGAGCGCUGCUUCAUGUGGAUGGGUGGCUUCCGCCCCUCCGAGCUCAUUAAGAUGCUUUUGAGACACAUCGAGCCAUUGACAGAGCAGCAGAUAUUGGGAGUGUGUGGAAUGCAGCAGUCGACGCAGGAGACCGAGGAAGCACUGAGCCAAGGGCUCGAAGCCCUCAACAAAUCUCUCUCGGACACCAUUGCCUCCGACGAACUGAGCUACACAUCCAACAUGGCCAACUACAUGGGGCAGAUGACCGUCGCCAUGAACAAGCUCACCACCUUAGAAAGCUUCGUCCGAGAAGCAGAUCAUCUGAGGCAGCAAGCACUUCACCGGCUUUACCAGAUCUUGACGACGCGGCAGAUGGCGCGAUGCUUGUUAGCCAUUGCCGAGUACUUUCACCGGCUCCGUUCACUGAGCUCCCUUUGGCUCUCUCGACCGAGACUUCAGUGAUCGAACGCAACCAGGCAUUGCAUGCAUGCAGAUGAAGACGAGAGUGGCCUCAAAUGUGUAUUACUUAUUUGUGUACGACUACCGUCUCUUAGCACUGAAAGAGUUGAGGGAUGAUGUGAUUUAUCCGGAACUCAUCUCGAGAUGUAUACACAAACAAUGACUCCAUGCAUAAACACGCUGUUUAAGGAAA